UCCUAGUCCAUGAACAGCGAUCGUCUGCAUGCCUAGGUCCAUCGGUUUCCAGAGGCUGCAUAACUAUGACCUAUCAGGCAACAGUCAUCUACCCCCUGAUAAUGAUAAUAUGCAAUGAAUAUAGCACCGACAGAUUAUAUGCCGCUAGGGCAAAGAAGUGCAAUCAAAUCACCUGAAUAUGUUUGGUUGAAUUUCUCGUUCCCGAGAGACGAGCUCGCCAUACUUAAUUAAUUAACCAUGGAAGACAAACCCCGCCCUCUCCGAAAACCCCGCGUUUGUUUUGCGGCUUUCAGUCGGAGCUUUGCUUUCUUCGACGGAAACAUUAUUAUUAUUCCCGUGAAUGCGCAUCUUGUCUGGCACUUCCCGUCGCACAUUUAGAGUAAUCAGCUAUUGAGACUCUUUUCGGGUAUCCCAUUGGAAUUGGCAGAUACAAUGUCGAGCCACGAGCCGGAACCGAAACAAUUCAACCCGAAACAGCCUGUCCAGCUGGACCCUCCCAAGGACGACCCCAUUACUUACGAGGAGCUAUCAAAAUGUGAUGGCACCGACCCGAGUCGCCCAACCUUGGUCGCUAUCAAAGGUGUCGUGUUCGACGUCUCUCGAAACCCAGCCUACGGACCUGAGGGACAAUAUCGCGUUUUCGCCGGCAAGGACCCUUCACGCGCACUCGCCUCUUCCUCACUGAAGCCUGAGGAUUGCAGGCCCGAUUGGUAUGACCUCGAUGACAAGGAGAAGACGGUCCUGAGCGAGUGGUAUACGUUUUUCAGCAAGCGCUACAAUAUCGUUGGAAAGGUGGUGGGUGCUACGAAUACGUGAUUGUGCUAUGGGCCUCGUUGUAAAUGAUCUAGUAACAAAUCGAAUACCCGAGAAUAAUGGAAUGGUCACGGCAAGAUAGACAUACGCUGUUCAAUAGAGAUGAUCUUUGUUCCUUUUGCAUUUCCAGAUCAGAUCGAGUUGCCUGCAGUCUGCUACA